AUGGCCAGCGGCGUGAAAAGGCAAUCUGAUCAAAAGUUAGAAAAUGUUGAAGAAGUUCCCAAGGCGAAAACUUCGACCGGUGAAGUACAAGAUGCCAUUAUUUCAGCUUUUGUCCAGUGGUGCAAUGAUCGUAACUUUCAAAUCAGUCCUAAAGUGACUGUGACAAGACAUGGAACUGUGUCCAAAUUUGGUAUGGUGGCCAUUUCAGAUAUCAAGUGUGGAGAUUGCCUUUUUCAAGUCCCUCGGGAAAACAUCCUGAUGCCAGAAACCUGCACUAUUGCCAGUUUACUCUCUCGAAGUUCCCCUACCAUCAGCAGUGACAGUGGCUGGGUGCCCCUUCUUUUAGCAUUGAUUAAAGAAUUUUUUCUUUUUUUCUUCUUUCUUUUUCUCCCCUUCUUUCUUUUUCUCCCCUUCUUUCUUUUUCUCCCCUUCUUUCUUUUUCUCCCCUUCUUUCUUUUUCUCCCCUUCUUUCUUUUUUUCAUUGAUACUUUGAAAUUUGUCCUAUUUUUUUUUUUUUUUUUUUCUUUUUUUCUUUUCUUUUCUUUUUUCUUUUCUUUUCUUUUCUUUUCUUUUCUUUUCUUUUCUUUUUUUUUUUUUUUUCUUUUUUUUUCUUUUUCUUUUCUUUCUUUUCUUUUUCUUUUCUUUCUUUUCUUUUUUUUCUUUUUUUUCUUUUUCUUUCUUUUCUCUUUUUCUUUCUUUUCUCUUUUUUUUCUUUUUCUCUUUUUCUUUCUUUUCUCUUUUUUUUUCUUUUUCUCUUUUCUUUUCUUUUUUUCUUUUUCUUUUCUUUUCUUUUCUUUUUCUUUUUUUUUUUCUUUCUUUUUCUUUUUUCUUUUUUUUUUUCUUUUCUUUUUUCUUUCUUUUUCUCUUUUUCUUUCUUUUUUUUUAUUUUAG